GUAUGGGACAGACUGGUUUUAAAGGGGUGCUUUCUCCAACAUGGUGAAAGAUACUACUAAAACGACUGUGAAUAGUCUAUCAGCAUAUCAAAGGAAUGAAAUACUAGUAUAUAGCUGUAUUCUGACUGUUGGUUGUUUGUGAAAUGUUGAUAUCCAGUGUUGUAUACUGUGAAUUGUCGCCAUCAGAAGUAAUCAUAAACUGCUGCUAGAACUAGCCUUUACGACGUGCCCCUCCGAGAAGUUUUCUCUAGGUUACUAAUUACCACAGCUGACCUACAUAAAACUGACCCGAGGAUUCACUAUGGCAGCUGGUUUGAGACAUAAUGUCUUUUCCAGUAUAUUAUAUCGACGAACCGUUUGCUUAGUCGGUUUUCGUUGCGCUUCUACUCAGCAAGAAUCUACAACACUGGACGCAAAAGACCCAAUACCAUUCAAUGAACUUCCACACAAAAAAGGGUAUCCUUUAGUAGGCAAUUUUUUUGAGGUUGUCCAAAGUAUUCACACACUUCAUAUUUUGAUACGGGAUCGACAUGAAAUGCUCGGCCCGAUCUUCAGGGAAAAGACGGGUCCUUUCGACAUGGUCUGCAUAAACGACGUGGUUGCGCUCGAGCAAUUGCUGCGACAAGACGGACAGUACCCCAACAGGAACGACAUCCCGGCCUGGAUGCAGUACAGAAUAGACGCUGGGGAAGCUUAUGGUGUAUUAAUAGCUAAAGACGAGGACUGGGCUCGUAUGCGACGUGUGCUCAAUCGACGAAUGCUCAAUAUCAAACAUGUUGAGAAGUACGUUCCAGACUUCAACGAGGUGUCACGUGACUUCUUGGACAGACUGGAACACGUACGGACAGAGGACAACCGUAUCACCGGAUUAGACACAGAACUCUUCCACUGGGCGCUAGAAUCUGUAUCGACAUUGCUGUAUAGCAGACGUAUGGGAUGUCUAUCUGAAAAUCCUGAUCCAGAACUGAAAAGCUUUAUCGAGGCAGUGCAUCACAUGUUCCACACGACGGCUAAUGUCAUGUUCUUCCCGCCAUGGUUCGUAAAGAUCUUUCUCCCGAGGAGGUGGAACGACUUCAAAUCUACAUUUGACACACUAUUCCGUGUUGCCAGAAAAUGUGUUGACGAGAAAGUCGAAAUGCUGAAAGAAGAAGAAGGAGACAAAGAAGCUGGGUUUCUGGAAUAUAUUUUAUCUCAAUCCACGUUGACCCCACUGGAGAUUUACGCCAAUGUCGCGGAAUUAAUGGCCGGGAGCGUUGAUACGACGUCGAACGUCGUGCAGAUGAUCCUGUAUGAACUGUCGAGAAAUCCACACGUCCAGCAGAAACUGUACGACGAGGUGACUGGCGUCGUACCGGAAGGAGAAUUCCCCUGCGCUGCCCAGCUACAAAACAUGCCAUACUUGAAGGCCGUCAUUAAAGAGACGCUCAGGCUUUACCCAAUUGGAAACAGUAUCAACCGACUUCUCCAAAAGGACAUGACCAUUUUGGGGUAUCACAUUCCAGCAAAGAAAACCGUAACUGCCUCACUAUACGUGCUUGGUCGUCUGCCAUCUUUGUAUGAUGACCCCGAGUCAUUUCAUCCUGAACGAUGGUUACGUGGUAAUCUCAAAGAGCAAGAUAAAAUGAAUCGCUUUGCAUUUCUGCCCUUUGGACACGGUCUCAGAAUGUGUAUAGGACGUCGAGUGGCGGAGCUAGAAAUGCAGGUGUUAAUAGCACAGAUGGUUGCUCGAUAUUGCAUUGAACCCGUCACGAUGGACCCUGUGGUUUUGAAAACGGCACUUCUUCUUCUACCCUCAGAACCAAUGAACGUUCGCCUCAUUGAUCGAAAAUCAUAAUAUCGUUGUGUGAGGGGACUGAUGUUACCAUAGACCGAACCUAACGUUUGAGGAGGUGCAGGAUCAUUGCCCAUGACCCACGUUUAGCCUAACAUAACGGGCGCUUGUAAACUGAAAAGGCAUCUUUGCGUAUGUAUCUGGACUCUACUUAGGUUAGGUACGGGUCUAUUGAAAUAAUUACUUCAUUUAUUUUUUGUGCAUUUGUAUAUUAUUAAAUACUAUGUAAAUUGAUAUCUUACCUUUUUAAGUUAACAUUUACAAUUUUUAUUCACGGAAAUAAAGGUAUUGUAAUUGCG